GUUGUUCACCAAUCAGAAAUCACGUACUCGAGUAUAAUGUGGCUGGUGUUCGUAUCCAUCAUCUCUCCUUCGUUGGCUGUCUUGUCUUUCAACAAGUUCAAGUUUCCAGAUCUUUCGUUUGUGUCUUGAGUCAAUUAUCGACAUGGCAUCUUUGAAUACGAAAGAGACAACAAGGCGACCUCAUAAGAAAUCUAGAUAUGGCUGUAAAAGCUGCAAGACGAGACGAUUGAAGGUCUCGACCCCAUUCUUAAGUAAUAACAUGGUAAAAGUUCUGAUGCUGACAAUUUCCUAGUGCGAUGAAACGAAGCCCACAUGUGUAAAUUGCACUAAGAAUGACAUUGCAUGUGAGUAUUUGUUUCUGUCUUUCAGUAAGCCCGCACUUUCCGGCCCUGCGGCGAAGAAAUUGCCUCUUCCCACUACAGCGACAGUCACGCGACGAAAUGCUCACUUCUCGCGCCCUGUUUCCCGUGACCCCAUUUCCUUCUCUUUUCCGACUUCUGUCACCUCGUCUCUAUCAGAUUCCGACAAACUCCUGGAAUUCCGCCUUUUCCAGCACUUCGUAAAUGUCACCGAUGUUUCCCAAGUCGUCUCGGUGUGCAAAAUAUCACUAUGGGUCAUUCAGCUUGCAUGUCGUCAUCGUUCAAUUAUGGAUGCUUUAUUGGGCGUCUCUGCAUUCCAUCUCCGAAGUUCAUUCUCAUCAGCCUCUUCUCCAUUUCCUACCAGUACUAUCCCGGAAAGCAAGUUUGAAAGAGAUGUAGUCAGAGCUAGUCAUCAUUAUAUGGGACGAGCUAUUGCUGCCCAUCGGAGAUUAGUUGUCGAGGAGGGCGUUACAGAGAGAACAGGCGAUGCGGUGUUGGGGUCUUGUCUAUUCAUCAUGUAUCAUGCUGCUGGCAGUCAAAAAUUUCUAGGUCAUGCUCAUCCCUCGACAGUCUCACUCAACGAAAAUAUAGACGCACAAAAUUUUAGAGUCCCACUCCAUUGGUUUGUCCCAAUGAAAAGCCUGAAAAAUAUGAUGAACCUAGCGGGUACAUAUGUCCGAGACGAGGGCAUGAGAGCACAAAUCGAGUGGGAAGAAGCCAGUUUCCGUGUAAUCCUACAAAACGAAACGUCUCCUGACCCCGAAAACGACCAUCCGACAAUUUUCAACUUUCUCUUUGAUGAUCUCUCAUUUGAUGCUCCGGACUACAAAAUAUACGCUCUCUGCGCAAAUUAUCUAAAUAUUAUCGGAGGAGGCAAAAUCGCGAAAUUUAUCCUAAAAUUCCCAGCAUUGGUGCCGCUGCGAUUUGUGGAAUUGUUGAAGGAAAGAGAUAUGAGGGUGAUGGGAAUCGUGGGAUAUUUUCUGAUGCUGAUGAAGAGGGCAGAUAUUGAGAAGAAGUUAUGGUGGAUGACGGGGGCGGUGGAAAAUGAUUGGGUGGGGAUGAAACAUGCAUUUGAGAGGGAUGAGUUGUGGAAGAAAAGAAUGGAAUGGGCUAGGAGGGAGAUUGAGCGUGGGGAGGUUAUUGAUUUUGAGACUGGUGAGGCAUUGGCUAGAGGACGCCAGAUUGAGUAAUUGGUGAGUAGAUGAAUGGUCUUUAAUCUCUAAAAACUUUUCCUUUUGAUAAACCAGCAGUGGCCCAACUCAUUUUCUAGUCCAUCUAUAGCAUCCAUGGAAUGUAAGGAUACCACGAGAGGUGUCAAAAAGGAGCGAGUCCUGUUUAACAGACUUGGUACCAUGGAAACGGAACUUGAUCAACAGCCGUGAACACUCUCUUUUAAUCAAGUGGAGAUAAACAUUUCUAACAAAAAAGUAAGACUAAAAGUGACUACCAUUAUACUCUCCAGAGGUACAUAAACAUUAGCCAUUCGAAUUUUGAAUAUCCUC